GCCUGCGAUUACACAGGAAACCCGGCAUAUAAAGUAAACUGGCCGCCUAAAGCGAUGUAUUGUGAUUUCUAAAAUGUUUAAUAGUUAUAAACUUUGCUCUAAAAGAACCCUAUCAAACUCUAUGCGUAUUGGCAGCAAAUACGAAUGUGACUUUUUUCCACUAAAGUUUCGUUUCUACGGCAACGCUCGGAGAUGUCUUCUAAUCAGUGACGUAAUAGCCAGUGUUCCAAGUUCUGAGACUUGCACGAUCCACAUGUGCGAACGAAAACGUUCCGAAUUAAUCCUGGAGCCACCAGAAACACAAAAAACUAAAGAAUUCUCACCAAACAUGACAAAUGUUUAAGUUCCGAGGAACUCAACUACAUCGUAAGGAGAUCUACCCGACCUUAUCUUUGAUCCUUUGCAUCGUGUUGUUCAGCGUCUUGGUCAACGAUUUCGUCGCUACAAAGAGGCUCGAGACACCGGAGAACACAUCUUACGGCAUCACAUUUCUUAUAUUAUUCAUGCAUUGCGUAGCAUUUUGCAUGGGCGCCUUAGGGUGUGUGUAUAACGGGUUAUCGGAUCAACUCGUAGGAUUUUAUAUAAGCAUUGCUUCAACAGGCCUAAACCUCGCCAUGUUCAUGAUCAGAAUCAUCUACGAGGCAGUAUUCUUAGAAUUUCGUCCUGAAGAACUGGCACAUUCAGCAUAGAAACAAAUAUAGUGUAAAUGUAGUUAGAAAGGUAAGCUUACUAUACUAAAACCCGCACGUGGUCAGCGGAAGAGCAAAGGGGACCUUCUAUGCGCUACCUUGUGUACAAGAGGCUCUACGCGAGGCGUUGUCGCCGCUUCAAGGCUCUUUGGUACCCAGGGUAACUACGCCCAACUUUGCGAGGCGGAUUUCUCUUUGCGCAUGACCUUGAGAAGAAGGGGAAUGUCAUGCGCGACUGUUCUGCAACGAGUAUUUGAGUUCAUGUUGCGUUCUUAGCUCCGCUUUUUUUUGCGUAGUAUAUCAUAACUUAUACUGGCGUUUAAUGUCAGAUGUUUUAAAAGUACAAGUUGAGAAUCCUAAAACCGCGCGGAUGGAGAAGAGACAGGUCGCACCGUCCGAGAGCCAUUCAGGGUUGAGGAAACAGACAAUAGGCAUUUGCGCCGACAGAACCACACGGUGUCAAGUCAAUCAGUUUAUCGCAAACUGAAUGCGAAAGAUAAAAUCAGUUUAUUUUGUACAAAUAGCGCUUCCCUAUAGUGCAAUAUUUUGUCUAAUUUUUUAUCUAAACUUUGUAAAUAAAUGCUGAUACACAAGUA